GGGGCACCGCCGGGCACACUGCGCCAAGGAACACGGCAGCGCCGACGGGUGACCGGGUGACCCUGGCUGCUUUCACCACCACCCCCCCCCGCCAGCCCCGGUUCCGGCCGCCCCUCCUUCGCGGGGCGGGCGCGUCAAGCGCCGUCCCUGUGGGUUCCGGGUCGCACAUGAAGGCGGAAGCCGCUGGCGGAGGCCGCCGCCGCCACUCUCGAUUUACCAGAUCCAUCUGGACAUAGAACUGAACACUACAUCCUGAUUCUGGAAGAAAGAUGGAGCCUUAGUGAUGGACCACUAGUUUUUAGGAUUUCAUUCUGCUACAGCUGGUGGCUGAGCAUUUCUGCCUGGGAUGGCGGAGGAUCAGGAGCUGACUCAGACACACAAAGCUCAACUCGCACCCUCCCUUCAGCAGCGCACCAGCAACACAUACCGCAGUGCAGAGCACUCUCAGGCCUUGCUCAGUGGCUUGGUAUCUCUUCGAGACAGCAGCAUCCUCUUCGAUGUAGUUCUGGUAGUGGAAGAGAAACCUAUUGAGGCUCACCGCAUACUUCUAGCUGCAUCCUGUGACUAUUUCAGAGGAAUGUUUGCAGGAGGACUAAGAGAGAUGGAACAAGAAGAAGUUCAUAUUCAUGGCAUCUCCUACAAUGCAAUGUGCAAAAUCUUGAACUUCAUUUACACUUCUGAGCUGGAACUCAGUGUGAACAGUGUACAGGAAACCUUAGCUGCAGCCUGUCAGCUUCAGAUUCCAGAAGUCAUUAAGUUCUGCUGUGAUUUUCUCAUGUCCUGGGUAGAUGAAGAGAACAUACUUGAUGUAUACAGACUAGCUGACCAUUAUGACUUGAAACAUUUGAGUGAUCAGCUGGACUCCUACAUUUUGAAGAACUUUGCAUCUUUCUCAAGGACGCAAGUGUACCGACAGCUACCUUUGCAGAAGGUCUAUUCCCUUCUCAGCAGCAAUCGUUUGGAGGUUAACUAUGAGUUUGAAGUUUAUGAUGGGGCACUUUUUUAUCAUUAUUCACCAGAGCAACUGGAGACAGAUCAGGUCUCCCUGAUGGAGCCCCUUAAGCUGCUUGAGACAGUUCGUUUUCCUCUGAUGGAACCUCAGAUCCUGCAAAGGCUUCAUGACAAAUUAAGUCCAUGUCCUUUAAAAGAUACCGUCGCAGAUGCAUUAAUGUACCACAAGAAUGAAUGUCUUCAACCAAUGCUUCAGAGCUCCCAGACACAGCUGAGAUCAGAGUUCCAGUGUGUAGUAGGAUUUGGAGGGAUGCAUUCUACUCCAUCCAUUGUCCUCAGUGAUCAAGCCAAGUAUCUGAACCCCUUGUUGGGAGAAUGGAGGCACUUUACAGCUGCACUAGCUCCCAGAAUGUCGAACCAAGGGAUUGCUGUUCUCAAUAACUUUGUAUAUUUAAUUGGUGGAGACAACAAUGUAAGUGGCUUUCGAGCAGAGUCAAGGUGUUGGAGGUAUGACCCUCGACACAACAAAUGGUUCCAGAUCCAGUCCCUACAGCAAGAGCAUGCUGACCUCAGUGUCUGUGUUGUGGACAACUAUAUCUAUGCUGUCGCAGGCAGAGAUUAUCAUGAAGACCUGAGGGAAGUGGAGAGGUAUGACCCUAAAAGCAACACUUGGGAAUAUGUGACACCUCUGAAGAAGGAGGUAUACGCACAUGCUGGAGCAGCACUGGAUGGAAAGAUGUAUAUUACUUGUGGGAGGAGAGGAGAAGACUAUUUGAAAGAGCUACAAUGUUAUGACCCAAAGGUUGACCGCUGGGAGGUUUUAGCAGAUGGUCCAGUGAGACGCGCUUGGCAUGGGAUGGCUGCACUCUUAGGAAAGCUCUAUGUCAUUGGAGGAAGCAACAAUGAUUCUGGCUACAGAAGGGAUGUUCACCAGGUUGCCUGCUAUAGGCCAAGCACUGAUCAGUGGACAAAUGUAUGUCCACUUCCUGCCGGACAUGGAGAGCCAGGUAUUGCAGUCUUAGACAACAGGAUCUAUGUCUUGGGAGGCAGAUCCCACAACAGAGGAAUCCGCAUGGACUAUGUGCACAUUUAUGAUGCAGAGAGAGACUGCUGGGAGGAAGGACCCCAGUUGGAGGAUGAUAUUUCUGGGAUGGCUGCCUGUGUCCUCACUUUGCCAAGGGCUAUUUUAAUGGAAACAGAGAAAUGGUUCUCAGAAUGGCAUGCAGACCGCGUGAAGUAUCACCUUGACUUUCCAUCAGAAGUUAUGAGCGUAUCAGACUGGGAGGAAUUUGAUAAUUCAAGUGAAGAUUAGAAAACUUUAAUAUUUAUUUUUUUGCCAGAGAAUGAGGAAACUAAGGCUUGAAGAAAAUACUUAAGAGAUUUUAUAUGUCUUUCUUAUAUGCAUAAAUCAGUAUUUAAAGGUUUGGAAAAUAAGUGUUCUGCACAAAUGCCAUUCACAGUCAAUAUCUGCCCAUCUGCAAGUGUUCUGCACAAAAUGACGCUUACAUUCAGUACCUGCCCACCUGCCAGAAAGCAGCAUUUUUAAAGUAACCACAGAACUGCCAUUUUCCCAGUUCAAAUAUAGAGGUUCCUUUGCUUUGAAGGAUACUUUUCUCAGUCUUCAGCAUGGACAAUAAAAAAGGCACAGAAGGCUCGGCUUGACUAGCUUCUUUCCUUCCAGCUUUUAGCUUGAAAUAGCUUUUUUGAGAGUUGGGGUGGUUUUUUCCCUAUUCUUUUUGGUAACAAAACUUCCUAACCAUCUUAACACAGGAAGGUAACACUUAGCGUCUCCCUCCUGUGCCGUGUGUCAGACAGCUUGGUUGGUUUUUCAGCAAGACUGAACAUACAGAAACGGGAACAGCAGCAAGAAAGCCUGAACCUUCAUCUCAUCUGGGCAUGCAGCCAUCUUUGUAACUGGGUUAAAGUCUGUGAACUGACACCCACUCCUGAACUUCUAUACUGCAAGUUCUGUCAACACAGUGGAACUCUCUCUGUACAAAUUAUGGCAGUCUCAACUGUCAGACACAUUUGUUCACAAGCAUAAAUUAAUAAAUCCUUGUCAGAACUUUUUUUAA